AUGGCGCUGGGCAUGCGUAGUGUGCACGACCUGAUGCCCGAUGUGGUAUUUAUGGGCAGCUGUGCCGAUGGUGGUGGAUACUAUCACUACUCGUACGCUGAGGUCUAUGGCUACAACCGUUUCGUACUCCUCGGCUUCUACAGCUUCAAAAGAAGACAAGUCGAAACCCACGUCGGGUCGGAUGUGUAG